AUGUCCACAACUCCUCCUGCUACUCCUGCGCAAUACCCACCCCACCCCCUCGCACAAAAAGACCACACCGGAAAACACCCCUCGGCAACAAGCCAUCUGCGCCUGGCGCGACCAAGCCGUGACCUUGUCGCAGCAGAACGGUUCUACGUAGAGGGGUUAGGGCUGAAGGUGCUAUUUCGGAAGAAACACAACCACCACCGCCACAACCACAAUGAUAAUAAUGAGGAUGAAGAGAAUGAACUACUCAUGCUCGGCUUCCCCGGAGCAGCAUGGCAUCUUGAACUUGUGAACGUCAACACCGACAACGAAAUUAAACCCACCCCAACAGAAGAAGACCUCCUCGUCCUUUACGUCGACGGCGAAAUCGACCCCGUCGUCAUCAAGCGGCUCGUCGAGGCGGACGGGACGCGGGUGACGGCACGUAAUCCGUACUGGGAGCAGUGGGGGGUGACGGUUGCGGAUCCGGAUGGGUAUCGGGUGGUGCUCAGUCAGAGGGGGUGGGUGAAUCAGUUCUUAAAGACAUGUAGUAUAUCUUAG